AUGGGUCUGCAGGCUCCAUCUGUGAUAAAUGAGACAGAGCAGGACUUCACAAGAGGAUUCAAUUACAUCUCUAAGUUGUAUUUAAAAAAACACUCCUAUUUCAAAUAGCAUUUCUCCAAACAAGAGAUGAGAGCAGUUUCUGCAGUUGCUCUACAGGAUCAUACAAUACACAGCAAUCAGCUGCAGGAUUUAUUAACAGAUUAUUCUAUAUCAAGGACAAGGAAUACCAAGAACUUUUACAAACCAUUAAUAAAAGAAUCAGUCAGAAUAAUAGUAGAUACCGGACUGAGAAAAAAGAGCACAAAGCAAGGAAAUGCAGAAAAGGAGUAUCUUCUUGACCCCAGUGCUCCACAGCUGACUAUUGCCCAGAAAUCAGGAGUAAGAUCCAUACAGCAUGGCAAAUCCAUACAGCAUUGUGCAACAUUCAGCAAAGAAUUUGCAAUUCAACCCAGGGUGCUGCAUUCAUGUUCCCAUUCCUGCCUGAAAACCUUUGAAAAAUGUACAGGUAAAAAUUGUCCUAUGUGUAGAAAAGAACAGUAUCAGACCAGAGUAAUACAUGAUGGGACACGCUUAGUUAAAUUGAAUGAAUUAGGUAAAUUUCAAGUUUCCUGGAGGGGAUAUAUUGUUUGAAAAUAGUACAAGAGAGAUGCAGUGCCUCCUAAGGAUAGAAAAUUAAGAAAGCAAUUAUUUGACAAAAAGUUAUGUUAA